CACUGGGAAGACGACGGCCUGAGCCUGCGGUGAUACGUUUGAGUCUGGAGAGGGUGCCGGCGAUUUAGCUGCGACCAUUCCCACCAGGUCGCCGGCCGCCAUGGCCAGCCAGCAGUACUGUCUGCGAUGGAACGACUUUCAGUCCAACAUGGUGUCCUCCUUCAAGCACCUGCGGACCGAGAAGAACUUUCUGGACGUGACGCUGGCCUGCGACGGCCAGACGUGCAAGGCGCACAAGAUGGUGCUUUCGGCUUGCUCGCCCUUCUUCAAGACGCUUCUCGAGGAGAACCCGUCGAAGCAUCCCAUCAUCAUCCUGAAGGAUGUCCCUUUCGGCCACCUGCAGGCCAUCCUCGAGUUCAUGUACGCCGGCGAGGUGAACGUGGGCCAGGACCAGCUGCCCGCGCUCCUGCAGACCGCCGAGAAGCUCAAGGUCAAAGGCCUGAUCGACGUCAACAAGAUGUGAGCCGGCGGCGGUGGUGCGUCUCCCAUCCGCUCUGCCGGCGGCCGGGGUCGCCCGGCGGUCGGCGCUCAUCAGCGGCUGGCCUCGCGCUCAGUCGGCAUGUCAUCACCUCACGGCAACACCGACCGAGGCUCGCCCGCUCUGCCGCGGCAUCGCGCGCGCUCGGUGCUUUUUUAUUUUGUAUGCACUCGUGAUCGUCCCCUGGGGUACCGCAGGACGCUCAGCAGACGACGGUGAACGUGUGACGCGUGCUGGCCAGGGUGUCAGCGGUGAUUUGAUGGCGCGGUGUUACGUGAACAGGCGUUGUUAAUACAUUCGAAAUGCCAUGUC